AAAUGUCUUCGUCGAGUGGUUCAGUAAAAGAUAAUAAAAAUGGUGUGGUGCGUGCCGAUGCUGGUGGAAGACAAGGAGAGGAGAUUGCUAGCAAGUCUUUCAUGAUACAAUCAAAGCGUUUCUAUCUCGAUUUAAAGCAAAAUAAUCGCGGACGUUUUGUCAAGUUAGCUGAGGUUUCGUUAAACGGUCGCAAGAAUCGUCUUUUUAUGACAAUGCUUGUUUGCAAGAAUCUCAAGGAUAUUUUGGACAAAUUGGAGAAGGAUGGGCGUACUGCUGUCGUACCUAAAGAUGCAACUGAAGGAAAAGACAACACAGGCGGAGUUAUCCAUACCGAGACUAUUAUUAAUGACAGACGUCGCUAUUAUAUCGAUUUGCGUGAAAAUCAUCGUGGCAUAUUUCUUCGCGUCACUCAAUUCGAUAUUCAAACUGGCAACAGAAAUUCAGUUGCAUUGCCACUACAAGGUGUCGGCCAAUUUCGUGAUGCACUUAAAGAAAUCAUUGAUGAGUUUGGAGAAGGGUAUAUCGAAGAAAGUACCGACCUUCCACCGUCACACAACUUCCGAACCGACGGAAAAAACUUUUUCUUCGAUCCUGGGCAUAACUCUCGAGGAGAUUUUUUGAAGAUCACGGAGCUUAAACCAUCCGUUGGAGUUCGUAACACUAUUGCUCUCUCCGUUGGAGCUAUUCCACAGUUCACUCAAAUUCUGAACAAGCUCCAUCAAGACUUCCAAACUCUUCGAACACCAGAUGGCGCUGAAAAGGCAACAAAAGAAUUGGCAAAAAUGGAGAUUUGA